UUUGAACCGUCUUCCUGUUUAUGGCUGUGUGAGGAGGGUCUAAUGAGAAGUUUAACUUCUCAUUAAGAUGGCUGACAUAAACAGGCAGUUGCAGGAGUACCUGGCUCAGUCGAAAAGUGGGGGUAAAGCUGGGUCACCAUCGGGUUCGAGCACCAUCGACAUUGGAGAUGCCGAGUCUCCGAGUUCAGGGAGUGGAACUUGGUUCGGCCGAUGGUCGAGUCCGUUCAAUGGACCAGGGUCCGAAGGCCAGGGAUCAGCCCCUGGUGUUUCCUGGCCGUGGUCUAGUGAGCCAGACUCAUGUCUUCCCGGAAUGAGCCGUUCGCAGAGACUGCUUGGAUUUGGAAUCUGCGUUGCGAUGUCAGGUCUUUGUUUUGGGCUGUCUGCUCUCUACGCGCCGCUGCUGCUUCUGAAGGCGCGCAAGUUCGCUCUGCUCUGGUCGCUGGGUUCUGUGUUUGCCCUGGUUGGUGCUGCGAUACUGCGGGGGCCCAGUAAACUGUUAGCUACUCCAUCCCCGGGUGCCGCUCUGUACCUCGCCGCUCUAACGGGCACCCUGUACGCUGCCCUCAGCCUCCACAGCACCGUCCUCACCGCGCUCGGCGCUGCCCUACAGAUAGCAGCGAUCGCCGGAUACAUCAUCGCCUUGAUCCCGGGAGGAAGCACAGGGAUCCGCUUCCUUGGUGGAAUGGUAGCUUCGGCUGUCAAGCGCACGGCCUCUGGCAAGACAUUACCUAUCUGAUCGGAGCGGUGAACAGACAGCAGCGAUUAAAUGCACUACAUUGGAAUUUGUGUCCUACAGUUGGAAGAGAGUCACGAAACAGAUCUCAUGUUGUAAUAUUUGUCGAAACAAACUAUUAAAGUUUAGUACACAACUCAGAACGAAAUGAACACAUUUGUCCGCAACAGGUGUACACGUUUUGCAAGACAUGCAAUUGGGACACAGCUGUAAAACAGAAUAUUUCAAAUACCGUUAGGUGUAAGGGUUGAACAUGAAAAAAUAAGUUCCUGUAAGUGCAGUUGAGUGAGUUGUUGCUGUGGAAACAAUACAUAAACAGUGGUGGGUACACGGGUUCAACGUGGCAGUGGCGUUAGCAAGCAUAAUAUGAGUUUACUGCAAUAGUGCCACAUUUGGAACGGGUUUUGUAUAAGACCGAAGAUGGAGCUGUAUGGUAUAUCGGAUCACAUUUUCUACAUAGCUGCCGCUGUGACAUUUAUUACUACAUUAGGUACCCUACUGUACUGGGUGCAGCCACCGAUUUAAAUACUGUACUGGUUUAUUUAACCCUGAGUCGUAACAUACUACAACGACUAAUAUAACUGGAGAGACCAAAGUGAACUAAAUGUUUGUCAGUGUUUUGUUGAAGCUGCCAUUGUAUUUGAAGUUGUAAUAUUGUCAAGGAAGAACAGUUUCUUGCAGAAUAAAACUGUGACGUUUUGUUUCUA